AUGGAAAGUGCCAAUCAGACAGCCUCUGUGUCAGAGUUUGUUCUCCUGGGCCUCUCAGCUCACCCGAAGCUGGAGAAAAUGUUUUUUGUGCUCAUCCUGUCCACGUACCUGGUGAUCCUGCUGGGCAAUGGAGUCCUCAUCCUGGUGACCAUCCUUGACUCCCACCUGCACACGCCCAUGUACUUCUUCCUGGGGAACCUCUCCUUCCUGGACAUCUGCUACACGACCUCCUCAGUCCCCCUCAUUCUUGACAGCUUCCUCGCCCCCAGGAAAACCAUCUCCUUCUCAGCCUGUGCUGUGCAGAUGUUUCUCUCCUUUGCCAUGGGAGCCACAGAGUGUGUCCUCCUGGGCAUGAUGGCGUUUGACCGCUAUGUGGCCAUCUGCAGCCCCCUUCGGUACCCUGUGGUCAUGAGCAAGGCUGCCUAUGUGCCCAUGGCCAUCAGCUCCUGGGCAGCAGGGAGUGCUGCCUCUGUGGUUCAAACAUCCUUUGCAAUGCGGCUGCCCUUCUGCGGGGACAAUGUCAUCAACCACUUCACCUGUGAGAUCCUGGCAGUCCUGAAACUGGCCUGUGCUGACAUCUCCAUCAAUGUGAUCAGCAUGGGGGUGACAAAUGUGAUUUUCCUGGGGGUCCCAGUCCUGUUCAUCACUUUCUCCUAUGUCUUCAUCAUUGCCACCAUCAUGAAGAUCCCUUCCGUUGAGGGAAGGAAAAAGGCCUUCUCCACCUGCUCUGCCCACCUCACAGUCGUGGUCAUCUUCUAUGGGACCAUCCUCUUCAUGUAUGGGAAGCCCAAGUCUAAGGACCCACUUGGGGCAGACAAGCAGGACCUUGCAGACACACUCAUCUCCCUCUUCUAUGGGGUGCUGACCCCCAUGCUGAACCCCAUCAUCUACAGCCUGAGGAACAAGGAUGUGAAGGCCGCUGUGAGGAACCUCGUGGUAUUUCAGAAGCGCUUUACCCAGUGAUGUUUGGAGGACAGCUGUUCCUAUAGUUCUGAGCCUCUUGGCUGCUUUCAUCCAUGAAUAUCAGG